AUGUCUAAUAAAAAUAAAAAUAACAUGGACAAUACUCCCAAAACCUACGGUCCAAAGGCUACGAUUUUCGCUACAACAGCGCAGAACUUUCUAUUAAUUGGAUUGGGCACGGAAAUAGGAAUGCCCACAAUUGUUAUUCAACAAUUAUAUCAAAAUUCGGACAGUGAAUUCUCAUUAACAUUAACUGAAGUUUCGUGGUAUGGGAGUAUAUUGUUUAUAUUUCAUCCGACCGGAAGUUUUCUAUCGGGAUUCCUGCAAGAAAGAUAUGGAAGGAAACGGUGCAUGAUUCUCGCCAACGUCCCCAGUACUUUCGGAUGGAUAUUGCUGUACUACACAGUUUCACUUUACUCGUCCACCGUGAUGAUGGGUUUGGGCAUAGGAUUCAGCGAAGCCCCGAUAUUGUCGUACAUCGGCGAAAUAACCGAACCGAGACUCAGGGGAUCGAUAGCUUCAUUGGCGUGUACCUCGUCUAUGCUUGGAGUGUUGUUGACUUACUUUUUGGGAUAUUUAUUCGAAUGGAGAACCGUCGCAUUGCUGAGUACACUUUGUCCGAUCACGUGUAUAUGCCUUGUGAUUUUGAUUCCAGAGUCUCCAGUGUGGCUGGUUUCCAAAGCGAAAAACGAAAAAUCCAAAAAGACCUUGUGUUGGUUAAGAGGGUGGGUAGAACCCGAAAUUGUCAAAACCGAACUCCUUGAACUCAUCCGAUAUAACGAAGUAUCUGGAACUCAUCGAAGAACCGACGAUGUUAAUCUUAGGAAUUUAUCAUCAAAAUUAGCCGAGCUUAAAGAUCCUUCGAAUGGCUAUAUCUACUCAACUCCUUGGAUUCCUAUAACUAUAUUAUGUGGCAUUAACUUUUUUGGAGCUUCAGUCAUUAUUUUGCCAUGGAUGUUACUUAGUGAAGUUUUUCCAAACAAAGUCCGAGGUGUUGCGACUGGCUCAUCUGCAGGAUUGUCUUAUUUAUUAAUAUUCAUAUUAACAAAAUCAUACAUAGAAAUAGUGAUUCUAUUGACCUUGGAAUACACUAUGGUUCUCUUGGGUUGUUUGGGCAUUUUUGGAUCACUCUACUUAUACUUUUAUUUACCAGAAACGGAAAAUAAAACACUAUUAGAAAUCGAAAAAUUGUUUACAUAA